CUCGCCUGCCCCGGGGUGCUUGUCUGGCUUGCGAAGAAUGCCGACCAGCUACAACGACCUUCGUGGUCUUGCUCAACAACAGGGUGGCAGCCCCAUCACACCUCUACUCCCGAGUCCCAUCACGGGCGAACUUGAAGAUGAAGGACGGUCAUACUUCAAGUUUCACAAUCCUCGAAGCCAUAGCCGGACUUCCAAUAACGGAUCGAUCGAUAAUUUGCAGAUAUUGUCAUACUACUGCAGCAAUGAAAAGUCUGACAGUGAAGGGGAGCAGCACUCUUUGCAUUGGCCCGCUGUCGACGACAGCCAUGAUCUCGAAGAGAGUACAGCGUCUGAAUCUUCUCCCGCCACCCCUAUUGAUCAGGAAUUCCGAGAUGUUCUCUGUGCAGAUGAGUCUGGCUGGCUGGCAAAUACGACUUCCCACCAGGAAAGACGCAGGCGAUUCAAAGCAAGGUUCUAUCAGGUUGUGGAGCAUCCCUGUAUUGACCUUCAAGACGGACAAAGAGAAGAUCAGGUGAUGGUUGCCACAGUGUUGGUUGGACCUGGAAAGCCAAAAAUCAUCCAAAUCCACCGUCCUCCAUCGAGUCAAUCAAAGCUAGCAUCUCCACUUGAACUUCAGUCUGUCCCAUCCACGCCGGUAUAUGCGCCUAUCGAGGUAUCUGCAUUCAGCCCUUAUGAUACUCCAGGUGAUAUGCCCGAGAUCGAUUCUUGUCCGAAUGAAACAACUUGCGCUAAUCCUCCCGAACCCACCCUCAUAUCUUUGCGGCCAAGCCUUUUACCUGAGCCGCUCACUCUCCCGACGCGGACCUUGUCGAACCCGUCGGAUAGCAGCAUGAUAAGCGCCACCUUGCGACGACUGCAUAACUUGACUGACCCGUUCGGAAUAUCGCCGAGGAGAUCAAGAAGUUCUCGCGCCUCAAUGUCUGCUGACCCGAAAUGGACCAUAAGACAUGGAUUUGGAGUGCCCGAAUCUCCUUUGGCUCCGUCCCCGACAAGCCACGUGGCCACAUGGUCAAGAUGCCGCAAGAUGGAAAGAGUGCUAAAAGCCGUCACCAGAGCCAUCGACAAUUUCCCCGACGGCAUGUUGCGGCUUGAUUCGGUGCCUAUUCUCGAUAUUCGUUGUCCGCAUGUAGCUGACAAGACAUAUAUCGACGCUCUUCAGAAGAUCUUCCCGACAGCGCCGCCCCUGCUGCUGUCUGCCCUAACAGCAUGGAUCCUUGUGGACGCAUAUUUCGCACGACUCGAAGAACAAUCAACGCCCAUGGAGCGGUACUGGACCCGACCGGCGGAGUGCGAUGAGACUCCCUACCGAAUCCCAGACAAAGCUAGAGUGAUGCUCGGCAUUGACCUUCCGGAUACAAGGCCAAUUCGCCUGGAUGAAUAUGCUCUGAGGAUGAGGGCAGCUGCAAUUCACGCAAGUAUAGGAGUCAUUGGCAAGUGGCUGAUAGAGGCAUUGAGAGGACUGUGGGAUGACGACAUCUGGCGUUCCCUGAAAGUGUUGGUCGAAGUUAUCGAAGCAAGCCCUCCACCGUGGUGAUGGUCGAUCAAUUCCUCAUGUCCAUGUUGACUUUAUAUGGAAAGAUUCUGUGUACUUGUAUCAUUAUCGCACUGUCAAAUUGACUUCGAUGCCUGUCUGAUUCAA